AUGGCGCAGCCUAAUUUCCACGUGUGCAUAGUCGGCGCGGGCAUUGUUGGUCUCGCUAGUAGCAUUCUCCUUUUGCGGGAUGGCUUCGAGGUCACAUUGCUAGAGAAGGAUGGCAGCCUACAGGCAUCCAGCUCCAUCCAAACGCUCUCCGGGUUUUACAAAACCUCGGAGUAUACGACCGAAUCCAGGAGAAAUCGGUUUCGGCCGCUGCAGGACAGGUACGGUGCACCGGUGGUCGCUGUACACAGAGCCUUUUUGCGCCAGGUCUUGUACGAUGAAGCCGUAGCACGCGGGGCCAACGUGCGCCUAGGUACUGCCGUUAAGCUGGAAGCCUCCGAUCUCAAACAUGGGGUCUUGAAAAUCAGCGAGUCGGAGUCUAUCUGCGCCGAUCUUUUCAUCGGAGCUGACGGAGCAAAUUCGGCCUUGCGUGAAGCUAUCACGGGCCGCAAACUCAAGCUGAUUCCUCAUGGGUUUGUCGUGUAUCGCAUCCUGAUCGACGAGUCACUCAUUCAGGCACAACCGAGUCUUCAACAUUUCGUCGAGGAGCCGGUCAUCACCGUCUGGCUCGGCCCGAAGUCGCAGGCAAUCACUUACAGCUUGCACGGGCUGUUCAACAUUGCUUUCACGCGACCAUGGUCUGACGAGCCGUUUUACACCCCGCAAAAGGGCGACCUGGAUGAGUUCAGAGCCGAACUCAAGGCCGAGGGCUGGGCCACCGAGCUCCAGGAGCUGAUUGGGCUUGCCACGGAAUGCCACCGAUGGAUGUUCAUUGAGCCGGAAAUCGAUGAUGAGAAUACGCCGUGGGUGGAUGAAAGCGGCAGAGCGCAGGGGGCAGCCAUGGGCCUCGAGUCUGCCUCAAUAUUGGCCCACGUCCUGAACAACGCCAAGGGACACGCUCAGACUGGCGCUGCUUUGAGAGUCUACGAAGUUCUCCGUAAGGAACGCUCCGCGCGUAUCAUCAGAGCUAGCCUGAAGAAUGGGCGGCUCUGGCAACUGCCCAAUGGACCCUUGCAGCGAGAGCGCGAUCGCGAGCUGCGUAAUGAUACACCUAGUGCCGGCUUUCCGAAUCUGUUGGCAGAUCCAUUCUUUCAGGAGUGGCUGUGGGGAUUCGACGCGACAAAGGCAAUGGAUGAAGCUUCUACAUUCUAA